CCCCCCCUCUCUGUACUCAAGAGAGACAGCUAUGAUGAUGCUUCUCCAGUCCUCACAUCUCUUGCAGCUCAUUUACUCAUGGUCUCCUCUCUCAACCGUUUUAUUCUCUGUUCUUGUUACAUGGCAAGCAUUCUGAAUAAUUCGAGUUAGAGAUUUGUUAAAAAGUCUCUUCUUUGCAUUCCUCUUUUUUUGAUUGGCAGCUGUAAUCAGGGUUUUUGCCUCUGUGUGGGAGUUGUUUAAUUGAAGGCACGAACAAAAGGGUGCCUUUUAAGCUCAAGCUCAAAAUGGGUAUCUUGAACCUGUUUUUGCUGUUCCUAUUUUGCAAAAAUCUUAUGGCAGCCAGUUGAAUUACCUUAAAGAUUAUGUAUUAACAGACAAAAGUGCAGAUGGUGCCUUACCGGAUAUCUCCCCAACUGGGGCUGUUGAGCCUUUUCUUCCUCUUCUUGCUCCUUCCCCAUUGACACCUUUCACAAACCAUACUGUCCCGAAACUAUCAGGGCUCUGUGUGUUAAACUUCAGUUCUGCUGAAAGUUUGAUGAGCAUAACUGCGAUUGAUUGCUGGUCCAUAUUUGCCCCAAUGCUGGCUAAUGUUAUAUGUUGUCCACAGUUUGAGGCCACUCUUGCUAUUCUUAUUGGUCAAUCCAGUAAAGAGACCAAUAUGCUUGCCUUAAAUGGGACCCUUUCCAUGCAUUGCAUUUCUGAUAUUGAGCAGAUCUUGGCUGGUCAGGGUGCGGUUGAAAAUCUUAGGCAGAUGUGUUCGAUUCGUCCAACAAACCUAACCGAAGGCUCUUGCCCGGUAAAAUAUGUUAAUGAGUUUGAGAACAAUGUAGAUACUUUGAAGCUGCUUGCUGCCUGCAAGAAGAUUGAUCCGGUGAAAGAAUGUUGUGACCAAAUUUGUCAGGACGCCAUAUCAGAAGCAGCUACUAAAAUUGCAAUGCAGGAUUAUCGCUUGUUAAGCAUGGAUGGAUCUCGCGUGUUACCUGAGCACUCGACUAAGGUGGAUGAUUGUAAAAGUAUUGUCCUUCGUUGGCUGGCGAGUAAACUCAAUCCUUCUAAUGCCAAAGAAGUUCUCAGAGGAUUAUCAAAUUGCAAUGUUAAUAGAGUUUGCCCUCUAGCUUUUCCCGACAUGAGACACGUAGCAAAAGGCUGCAAAAAUGAGAUAAGUAACACAACAGUGUGCUGUGGUGCCAUGGAGAGUUAUGUGGCACACCUUCAGAAGCAGAGCCUUAUAACCAAUUUGCAAGCUUUGGAUUGUGCUACAACAUUAGGAAUGAAGUUACAGAAGUCAAACAUUACGAGAAACAUUUUUAGCCUUUGUCAUUUAAGUCUCAAGGAUUUCUCUCUCCAAGUGAAACAAGAGUCUGGAUGCCUUCUGCCAAGUUUGCCUUCAGAUGCAACCUUGGACCAGUUUACCGGGAUCAGCUUCAUUUGUGAUCUGAAUGACAAUAUUCCAGCGCCAUGGCCCUCUACAUCUCAAUUAGCGGCAGCAUCAUGCAAUAAAACGGUCAAAAUACCUGCACUUCCCGCGGCAGCAUCUGGUCAAAAUGGUCUCUACAACGAAGAUUUGAUAUAUUAUCUGCUCUUUAGCUCAUCGGUGGUGAUCACCAUGCUUUUAUAGUCUUAAUUGAAUACAUUCUUGGACCUUCCAUCUAUGCAAGAAACUGAGCUAUCUAUGAAUCAUCUUCAUAGAAAAAAGAUGCUGCCUGUAGGUCAUGGGGUUAAAGAGGUGUUCUGUGCUUAAUAUCCAGAAAUCAUGCCUACCGAAACGAUAUUCUUGAGAGAGAGAUUGCAGCUUUAGAGGUACAUUCAAAUUUGUGUUCCUUACUAUUAUAUUAACAAAUGAUUCAUGUGCACUGUAUAAUAAAGGUUUUUCUUUGUAAAGAUGUAUUUGAGAAGGAAAAGCCAUCUUGUAUUGUUGCAUUAGCUAUACGUAUGAUGUAGAUUUGUGGUGAAGAUGUAUUACAGAGUUUCAAAGUUGAAUAUUUGUGAUUUAAGUUGCUAUGAACAAAAAUAAUGGGCCGUUUUAAUAAUGGGCUUUUCCAUA